AUGUGGCUGUACCUGGUGGUCCUCGUGGUCCUGUACUACCUCCUGCGCUGGUACCGGGAGAGGCAGGUGGUGAGUCACCUCCGGGACAAGUUUGUCUUCAUCACGGGCUGUGACUCAGGCUUCGGGAACCAGCUGGCCAGGCAGCUGGACCUGCGAGGCUUGAAGGUCCUGGCUGGGUGUCUGACAGAGCAGGGGGCCGAGCAGCUGAGGAACCAGACAUCAGACAGGCUGCAGACAGUGAUUCUAGACGUCACCAAGACAGAGAGCAUUGCUGCGGCCACUGAGUGGGUGAAGGAGCGUGUUGGGGACAGAGGGCUCUGGGGUCUGGUCAACAAUGCAGGCAUCUUUCACUCACAUGGCUAUGCUGAGUGGGUGAAGAUUGAGACCUACAGGGAUACCCUUAGGGUGAACCUCAUUGGUGUGAUAGAGGUGACCCUGAGCAUGCUCCCCCUGGUAAGGAGAGCACAGGGGAGAAUUGUCAAUGUCUCCAGCAUUCUGGGGAGAAUUGCUUUCUUUGGAGCAGUCUACUGUUGUUCCAAGUAUGGAGUGGAAGCCUUCUCAGAUAUUCUGAGGCGUGAGCUUCAACAUUUUGGGGUGAAAGUCAGUAUGGUUGAACCUGGCUACUUCAGAACAGCAAUGACAGAUGUGCAGAAGUCCUCAGAGAUAAUGAAACAAAUCUGGAAAGAAACCCCUGCGCAUAUUAAGGAGACCUAUGGAGAGAAGUUGUUUGAUGCCUAUCACGAUAUCAUGAAACAAGGGCUGCUGAGUUGUAGCACAAACCUAAACCUGGUCACCGACUGCAUGGAACACGCUCUGACAUCUGUGCAUCCCCGCACUCGAUAUUCAGCUGGCUGGGAUGCUCAGUUUUUCUUUGUCCCUCUAUCUUAUUUACCUACAUCCCUGGCAGACUACAUAUUGACUAGAUCUUGGCCCAAACCAGCCCAGGCAGUCUAA